AUGGCCCGGAGGAGCGCCCUCCCCGCCGCCGCGCUCGGGCUCUGGAGCAUCCUCCCGUGCCUGCUGGGGCUGCGCGCGGAGGUCGGGCAGCCGCGCGAGGAAAGCCUAUACCUGUGGAUCGACGCUCACCAGGCAAGAGUGCUCAUAGGAUUUGAAGAAGACAUCCUGAUUGUUUCAGAAGGGAAAAUGGCCCCCUUCACACAUGAUUUCAGAAAAGCACAACAGAGAAUGCCAGCUAUUCCUGUCAAUAUCCACUCCAUGAAUUUUACCUGGCAAGCUGCAGGCAAGGCAGAAUACUUCUAUGAAUUCCUGUCCUUGCGCUCUCUGGAUAAAGGCAUCAUGGCAGAUCCAACCGUCAAUGUCCCCCUGCUGGGAACAGUGCCGCACAAGGCCUCAGUUGUUCAAGUUGGUUUCCCAUGCCUUGGAAAACAAGAUGGAGUGGCAGCAUUUGAAGUGAAUGUGAUUGUAAUGAAUUCUGAAGGCAACACCAUCCUACAAACGCCUCAGAAUGCUAUCUUCUUUAAAACGUGUCAACAAGCUGAAUGCCCAGGAGGGUGCCGAAAUGGAGGGUUUUGUAACGAGAGGCGUGUCUGUGAGUGCCCUGAUGGAUUCUAUGGCCCUCACUGUGAGAAAGCCCUCUGCACACCACGAUGUAUGAAUGGCGGGCUUUGUGUUACUCCUGGUUUCUGCAUCUGCCCACCUGGAUUCUACGGAGUCAAUUGUGAUAAAGCGAACUGCUCAACUACCUGCUUUAACGGAGGGACCUGUUUCUACCCUGGAAAGUGUAUUUGCCCUCCAGGACUAGAGGGAGAACAAUGUGAGAUAAGCAAAUGCCCACAACCUUGUCGAAAUGGAGGUAAAUGCAUUGGUAAAAGCAAAUGUAAGUGCUCCAAAGGUUACCAAGGAGACCUCUGUUCAAAGCCUGUCUGCGAGCCUGGCUGUGGGACACACGGAACCUGCCAUGAGCCCAACAAAUGCCAGUGUCAGGAAGGCUGGCAUGGAAGACACUGCAAUAAAAGGUACGGAGCCAGCCUCAUGCAUGCCCUGAGGCCAGCAGGCACAGGGCUCAGGCAGCACACGCCUUCACCUAAAAAGGCCGAGGAGCGGCAGGAUCCACCUGAAUCCAAUUACAUCUGGUGA